CUUCACAACGAACACCACGUGAUUUACAAUUGACUGGUUUCCGGAUCGUGCUACGUGUAGUAUUUGCAUUAUCUACAUCCAAUAUGACAUUGCCUGGACCCCAGUCUGAAACCGGCGGCCAAAUGCUUUAGAGUACAUCACAGGUAGAACACGGAUGUGUGUUUUACGCAGGACGUCACGUGAUAAGGUGAUUCGUGAAACUGCAUCCGAUCAGACUGUUAAUGGACUGAGAAGACAGUUGAAGGUAACAGCGAUCGUUAUUCGUCUCUGAGUCGAGAUGUCAGGUUCACUCCCCUUCGUCUCUUUCUACAACGGCGGAUGUAUGCCCAGCAUGGGCCUCGGCACGUGGAAGUCCGAGAAAGGCAAGGUGACUGAAGCCGUCAAGGUUGCUAUUGAAAGUGGGUACCGCCAUAUUGAUUGUGCGUGGUGCUAUGGCAACGAGGCGGAAGUAGGUCUUGGGAUCAAGGCGAAGGUCGACGACGGUACAGUUACAAGAGAAGACCUAUUUAUUACCACCAAACUAUGGUGUACUCAUCACGAGCCUGGUCGUGUAGAGGCAGCCGUGCGUGAUUCCCUGGACAAGCUGGACGUGUCCUACGUCGACCUGUACCUGAUGCAUGCUCCGUUUGCCUUCAAGGAGUCCAAUGAAAUCUGUCCAAGAGACGCAGCCGGCAACCUUCUCAUGUCUGACGUAGACUACGUGGACACGUGGAAGGCAAUGGAGUCCUUGGUUGACAAAGGACUGGUUAAAUACAUCGGCGUGUCUAACUUUAACUUGGAACAAAUGGAAAGAUUACUGAAAACAGACGGGCUUAAGCUGAAACCCGUAACAAAUCAGAUUGAGGUAUCUCCGUAUCUAACCAAUGACAAACUAGUAUCGUUCUGCAAGGAGAACGGAGUUACAGUCACCGCAUACGCACCUCUUGGGUCCGCUGACAACCCUGCUUUACAGUCAAUGAAAGAUCGACCACUUAUCGCCACGGAACCAACACUACAAGAACUGGGCAGAAAGUACGGUAAAACGGCAGCACAGGUGGCAUUGCGCUGGGGGGUACAAAGGAACCUUUCCGUCAUUCCCAAGAGCGUCACACCAUCUAGGAUCAAGGAGAAUAUACAGAUUCUUGACUUUGAACUGACUGAAGAGGAUAUGAAAGUUGUAUCUGAUCUCAACCGGGACUUUAGGGCGUGUUCCUUUCUCUUCGUACCCAAACACAAGUAUCAUCCUUUCAACACUGCAUGACAGAAAAGGAAACUCAGCAUUGAACAAAGUGUAAUAUUUGCGACGCAUUGAUAGUUUACAGAUAAAAUAUACUCUGUCA